AUGAAGUACAGCCUGAACAUUGACAAAUCAGAAGUCCAAGUUUUAGAAGCACUUCUAAACAGCGAAGACACAGAGGAUUGGAUGAUUCUAGCCGAAAUGAUAUACAUACAUGUUAACUAUGGCAUGGGUGAUAAAACAAACUUUCUCAAUUUUUCAAAAAAACUUGAAGAAAAAAUUUCAAACAUUUUCCAGGAAAGCCUGAAUGGAAACAAUUUGACAGCCUGUAAAACCUGCUUUGAUAUUCUGACCACUAUUGAAAAGCAGUAUGCUCUAAUUGACAUAUUUCUCCUGUCAAAAAGCCUACUUACAACCGAUGUCAAUGUGUAUCCACAGCCGCUCACAACUGUCGAUCUUAGCUUGAAGGUUUUAGAUAACACAACAUUUGAGCAGUUUCUGAAAAACGUCAUCCAAAUUCUUGAGGACAAUUACAUCAUUAUUUGUAGGGUUUUUGGCCUCUCUGAUGAAUACUGUGAGUAUAUUUUUUCGAAAAUUUCCAAAACCUUAAUUUCCAUGAGUCUUAACAGUUUUCUGAAUGUUUCAAGUUCUUCCAUCUAUUUGAUAUGCUUGCAAUCUGCCUUUGUCCAUCUUCAGUCGUUUGGUGGAUUCGUAAAAUCACUGUUUCCCAAGAUCGACUUUGAGUCUAGCUUCCAUGAGAUAUUUAGCCAGUUCAUUUAUAAGGCAAUUAUGAAAGAAACUCAGAUUUUUGAAGAGGUUUUGGAAAUUUACCUGUCGGGUGCGAAGACUCUGAACAUGUAUACACUGAAUGGCGCAAAGGUUGCAAAAACCAAUAACUAUGUCAGGAUUUAUGAGAACAUGUUUGUUUUAAUUGACUCGUUUCUCAAUAGAAGAGAAAUGCUGUAUUCUGAGGAAAACGAAGUCGAGGUUUUGAAAUUUUGCUCCAAAAAACUGUGCAUUUUGAUUGACAAAAUGGUAUCGUCGAGCAGAGAUUGCUGGGAUACGAUGAAGGAUCUAUUUCAUAGCUAUUUGCUUAACAAAAGAUUUCUUGGAGAGAAAUUUCAAAUGUUUGACACCUGCAAUAUGAAGCUAACCGAUGCCACGCAGCAAGAGUUUGAAUCAAUGGUUGGAAUGAUCAAAACAUUCAUGAAAGGUGAGAUAUUAAACAUGUUUUUCGGUGAAAAAGGUUCUCACAUAAAGCUUUUGGAGUAUCUAAGGAGAAUACACGAAAAAUCGAAAGAGCUGGGUGAAAGAAACACGAAAAUACUGUUCUACAGAAUAUUGGACAUCAUCUAUCAUUUACUAUAUACUCAGAUCCAGCAUAUUAAUUUUGACAAGAGCAGACUAGCCAAUGUUUUGCAGUGUUUGGAUGAUCUUUCAGGAUACUUCUCAAUUAAUGUUUCGCCCUCUCUUGAGACCAAAUUUAACCAUCUAAAGCUGAUGUGUGAAAUGAUUUGCGCAGACCAGAGCCAGUUUAAGGCAAUGAUUUCUCAGCAUCGCAUUUCGUUUGCAGAAAAAGAACUUCGUGAUAUUCUCAAAUGCAGAGAUGGCAAAGGAAAUACAAAGGAUAUGGUAUUCAAAAACUCACCUGCACAACCAUGA